AUGGGAGCCCAAUUCUCUCAAUUCUUCCCUCCCCGCCCAACCUUCACCCCCGAUGACCUCCCCCAGCAAUCGGGCAAAGUGGUGCUCAUCACCGGCGGCGCAUCAGGCAUUGGCUUCGAAGUAGCGAAGGUCCUCUACCGCAAAGGCGCCAAAGUCUACAUAGCAGGACGUUCAGAGUCCGCCGCUCAAGCAGCCAUCCUGGCUAUCCAGAAAUCCGUCCCGGAGAAUGCCAAGUCCAGCACAGGCGAGCUACAUUUUCUCGAACUUCAUCUAGACGACCUUACAACUAUCAAAUCCACCGUAUCUACCUUCAGCGCCAUAGAAUUGAAGCUCGAUCUCCUCUUCAACAAUGCCGGCGUGUCCCAACCCCCACUAGGCAGCGUCUCCCAACAAGGCAUCGAGCUCCAACUCGCAACCAACUGUCUGGGCCCAUUUCUCCUCACCCAACUCUUAACUCCCUUGCUCGAAGCUGCGGCAUCGUCUGAGUCUGAACUUACCACUGCGGGCUCCGUUCGCGUCAUCUGGACAAGCAGUCAGGUCGCCGAACUCUCCGCUCCACCCGAAGGCAUCAUCAUGUCGGAGCUGACCAACCCACCGAAGGACGCUGUGCGAAACUAUGUCACCUCCAAGCUUGGAAACUGGUUCCUGUCUACGGAAAUGGCCCGGCGGUACGGCGAGAAGGGUAUCGUCAGCGUGGCGCAGAAUCCAGGCGCAGCUAAUACGAACCUUCUGAGGAAUGCGCGCUGGAUGAAGCUUCUCUCUUGGCCGCUGCUGCAUAGUCCGGCUUUGGCGGCUCAUACGGUGCUGUAUGCGGGGUUGUCGGGGGAACUGGGGUUGGAAAAUAAUGGUGCAUAUGUUGUUCCUUGGGGGAGACUUCAUGAUGCUGUGGCGCCGACGUUGUUGGAUGCGAUGAAGAGGAAAGAGGAGGGUGGGACGGGGAGGGCGUGUGAGUUUUGGGAGUUUUGUGAGGCGAGGACGAAGGAUUAUAUGUAG